AUAUUUUCCAUAUAUCAACUAUUCCAGUGAUAGGUUCUAAUGAUAAUCCAUUUAGGUUGUCAAUGGAGCCAACUCAGGUGGAGGGUGAAGAGACCACUAUUGAUAUUUGCACAUUGCCAAAUUGGAGUGCCUUGUACCUGGAAGCAACCCAAAAUGGUGCUAUGUCCUCUGAGAAGAUUUUUGACAGUUCACCCUUCCCUAUAUCUCAUGAGCUCAACAAAAAGAUUUCUCUUUGGUGUGGAGAUAUAUCUGCUGUGAAUGCACAUGUCAUUGUGCACCCCACAAAUGAGACCUUGAGUGAUGCCAAUGAAAUCAGCAUUCGGAUAUUCAAUAGGGCUGGUCCAGGACUUCAAAAGGAACUUCUGUCUAUCAAAAGCUGUCGAACGGGGGACUGUGUCUUGACAGAUGGGUUUGGCCUCCCCAGCCGAUAUGUGAUCCACACGGUGGGGCCAAGGUGGAAUACCAAGUAUGAGAGUGCAGCAGAAACUGCUCUCCAUUCAUGCUACAGGAAGGCUCUGGAGAUUGUUCGAGAGAGACGAUUCCCUUCUGUUGCAUUCCCUCUUGUUCAUUCCUGCAAGAAGGGCUUCCCUGUUGACCGAGGUGCCCAUAUUGCCAUUCGGACAGUGAGGCGAUUCCUGGAGCGAUAUGGGGAUUCCAUAGAGAUGUGCAUCCUGGUGAUGGAGAGUUGUGAGGAGCACCGUAUCUAUGAAGUCAUCCUUCCGCUUUACUUCCCCCGGUCCCAGAAGGAAGAACUACAGGCUUCUUACCUUUUGCCGAAAGACAUUGGGGAUGCUAUGGGUGAACCCUUCAUCCAAGACCGAUGUAUUCGCAUCCAGGACAACCCUCAGCACUUC